GACGGAACCCACCUUGUCGCGGUGGGGGGGCUUACGUCUCUUGUCGACUCCGCGAGCUACGCCGGCAGGGUUACCCACACCGGAAGGUCGCGUACGAGAGAGACAACUAAGAGGUUCCAAAGGGUAGGGCGGGCUCUUAAGCCUCGGCAGGCAGCCGUCCUAGGUGAAGGUAACACCGAUAAUAAAUCCCCCUGCCAGUAGGGCUAAAAUGGCAGAGAAAACUGUAAACACAAUAUGAACGUUUCCAACUGCAAUAUUGUUACCACCCCAGGGGCCUCGGAACCCCAGGGGUCGGCAGUAGUGGGUGGAUCCGGGGUCAAAGCCGGAUCCAACGUAGCGGGCCCACUACGGUCGUCAUCUUGCGACCGUGAGAGUGCGGGGGUGGCCAGCCAGGCCCCCGCUACUCUACCAUCUACUAGUGCUGAGAUGAUAAGGCAGCAGGCAACAACUGAGGCACUGAGGGCUGCAACAAAACAGCUCGGGUCCAAGCUGUGCACCCAACAGGGUGGUCUCGACCUCCUGUUUGAAAAGGCGGCCCAUUUGGAGUUUGUGUCAAAGAAGAGCCAGAGCCCCACGGUCAGCUCGGCGAUCAGGGACAUCCUGGAGGUAGUAAAAGGGAUUAAGAAUUGCCGAGCUGAAGUCACCUCGGCAUUUAACCAUUCGCUGAAGUGCGUGAAGGCGAUGGUUCCGUCGAGCAACCCAAUCACCCAUGCUAAGCGAGAGAGCAGGGAUGCGGCCACCACCACAGGACCCUCUGGAGCACUCGACGGCCGCGAGGUUAAGGACGCUGCCACCAACACCGAUUCCCCGCAAGGAGCUUCCAAAAAGGAGCAGCAUCAGGUGCAGCAACAGCAGCAGCGGCCGCAAAAGCAGCAGCAGCAGCAAAAGCAGCAGCAGCAGAAGCUACAGCAGCAGAAGCAGCAGCAACAGAAGCAGCAGCAGAAGCAGCAGCAGCAGCAGCAGCAGCAGCAGAAGCAGCAGCAGCAGCAGCAGAAGCAGGCCACUUGGAGUGAGGUGGUCAGGAAGGGGAGAAAGAAGAAGCCGCCUACACCACCCGUACCGGUUGCCCGGCAUCCCAGCCAAGCAGCCAGUAAGGUGGCUCUACUCCGGAAGAGGAUUCCCAAGACUGCGGCGAUCACGAUCGACCGCCCGGUCGAAGGGGGAUCGCUGGCUACCGUCAUGAGGAGGGUUACCGGCUCCAUCGAUCUGGCCUCCCUCGGGGUGAAGGUGGUGACCACCAGGCGCACCAAGGCGGGUGGAAUUCUCCUCGAAGUAGAGGGGGAGGAGAAGGCGGUCAUCCUGGAGCGGAAGGUCAAGGAGGUAGCCGGGGACUCCGCCAGAGUGCGCAGGCCCGAAAGGAAGACCCCCGUUCUCCUGCUCGACGUUCCGGAGUGGGCGGAAACGGGGGACGUGGCCCGCGGCCUGGUCAAGGCAGGGGUCGUCGUCGGGUCGCCGUCUGACGGAAACCCGAUUUCCAUCAGGGAAAACGGCGGUGGACGCGGCGGCCUCAACCGCGUGGCUAGGGUGGAACUCUCGUUCCGCGACGCCAUCGCCUUGGCCGAAGCGAAGGCCGUGGUGGUAGGUUGGACCCGAUGCAGGGUGAAGCUGCUGGAGAGGAGUCAGCCCACCUGCUACCGGUGCCAGCAAAAAGGCCACCACGCGGCGGAGUGCCGAAAUGAGGCGAAACCGAGGACUUGCUUCCGCUGCAACUCCCCGGACCACCUCGCUCGGGACUGCCCCAACGAAGCGGCUGCGGAGAAGAGGACAGCUGGGAGGAAGAAGAAGGAGGGGCCUAAGGAGCAGCCAAGGAGGGAGGGGCCAUCGCGGACGGCGAGCCGGCCCGCCUCACCGGUGGCGACAGCGUCCGGUCCUUCGCCAUGAUGGAGCUCAGGUAUGUGCAGACAAACCUGAACCACUGUAGGGCAGCUCAGGACCUGCUGGGGGAGUUCAUUAGGGCCGAAGACAUCGCGGUGGCGCUGGUCA